AUGCACGCUGGCCGGGGUUGUGUUGUCAUCGAGAUCAAGCUGCUCGACGUGGGCCCAGAUGGCAUGGUGGUAAACACAGAUAUGCCGGGCGACCAUGUUAUGGGCGUGACUAGAGCCAUGGAUGGUUCAGGGACACUGACAGACAGAGUGCAUAUCAACCUGGGCAGCAGCGCGGUCGUCAAGAAGCCACCAAAUAUGCCGUGGACCGAGGCUGCCAGUGUGCCUUCGGCCUGGCUGACGGCCUUUACGGCUAUUGAGAAGUGCGCUUCAACUGUCGACACUUCCAGGAAGCACAAAAUUGCUAUCCUCAGCGGUAGCUCACCCACGGGUAUCUACGCGAUACAGAUCGCCCACAAGCGCGGUUGGUGGGUCAUGGCCACUUGCUAUGCUCGAUAUCGUGGAUAG